CCGAAGCCAACGCUGUCGUCACCACAAACCAUCCAAUCAAUACACAGCCGGGGCGGAAGUGGCGUAUUUGAAAACUGGCAGUUGAAGGCGAGCCUUUUCUUCGUGCUCUAUAAGUGAAACGGGAUUAAUGACAACAUAAACACGAUGGAAGAAGAGGAGCACACAGACAGAAAGCAGCAGCUUGCCAUGCUUUAUCAAAAGCUCAACAAAAUAAAAAAGUAUCUCAAUGAAGAUGACACGGACAAUAUUAACCAGGUUAUCGGCUCUAACUCAGCUGAAUCAUGCCGCUCAUAUUUGACAGACCUGGAGAAGAAAGGGGAUCCUCAUGUGGAUCGUAACCACCUCACCAGACUUAUUGACUUUUAUACUAGAGUAUUCUCCAAUAUGCCACUGGGAAAACACUGCGGGAAUGAGAGCUAUGCCAGGAUGUUGGUCAGAUUUGCAGAGCUUAAAGCAAUUCAGGAUGUCAAUGAGGCAGAGGCUAACUUCAACGUGGCAAGAUCUCACUGCCCGAACUUUGCAUUUGUUCACAUUGCACAUGCACAGUUUGAACAUUCUCAAGGCAACACAAAGAGAGGCAUUUACAUAUUGCAGAAUGCUAUUCAACUGUCUGCCAAACCAAAGGAACUGCUGGAGGCUGCCUUGCAAAACAUGCAGAUAGGGAAAACACAACUCUUCUGUUCAGAGGAUAAGGAAAAUCUACCAAUAUCGUCAAACAGCAAUGUGCACGGUUCUGUCAAAAAAGGAUCAGCAUUCCAAACUGUUUGCAGAACAUCAGACGGCACAGGCGACUUGCAGCUCUCCAGUAUUUUUGGUUCAGGGACAGAGCCGCCCGCUGGAUCCUCAGAUGACCAGCUAUCAGGAUGGCGAUCUGGAUCUCAUCGCCAGAGAGCAGUCGGCAUGCCAGGGAGAGUUCCCGUUGUACCUUUCUCCAUCCCAGAAAAGGAUGAUGAUGAUGAUGAUGAUGAUGAUGACUACAAUAAUGGGAAGCCCUCAAAGAGAAAUGAUUCAUCACUCCACCCCAGUUUGUGCAGGCAAACAUCUGGUUCAAACGUGAACACGCAUUUUGGGCUGUCAUCGUCAAAAAAAAAUGCUGCUCAUGGAAAUCGAUUAUUCUUUCAACCACCAGCUGUCAGCCCAGAGCCCUGCCCUUGGGAGGACCAGGCAGCUGUGGACUCCACUACUACACUCCUUCACACACAUGACACAAGGGACACCUCCAGAAUGGAAGAUGUAACGUACAACUUUGACCAGGUCGUCAAUACAAAUUCCCCCGAGUCGUGUUGGACAUUUCUGAUGAACCUGGAGAAAAGAGGCAACCCUCACACAGACAUCAACCUCCUCAAUAAGCUCAAGGACUGUUAUUCUAAAAUCUUCUCCAAGUUGCCAAUAAGACAAUUCAGCAAAAAUGCCAGCUAUGCUAGAAUACUGGUCAGAUAUGCAGAACUCAAAGGGAUCGAAGACUCGGAUGAAGCCCAAGACCACUUUAUAGUUGCACGAUCCAACUGUAAAGGCUUUUCCUUUGUCCACAUAGCAUAUGCCCAGUUUGAGGUUUCUCAAGGUAACAUGAUAAAAGCGACUUCAAUUCUGCACAAAGCCCAGGCAUUAAAUGCCCGGCCAACAGAGCUCCUGGAGGUGGCAAUGCGUAACCUGAAGGCCGGGGAGAAACGGCUUGUGCCCGCCAGGGAGGAGGAGCAUCACACAGAUUUGCAAACGGGUGUUCCAGUAAGUGUGUCUACUUGUGUGAGAAACCAGGAAGUUCAGCUUCCAGCUCGGGUGCCUGUGAACCGGCCGGUGGAACAACCUAAAGCUGCCAGCAAGGAGCCAUUAGCAGAGUGGAAGAUGCCAACUUUCCUCAACCGGCAUGUUUCUCCAGAGGAUAAACACACAACGCCUCCUGACCCCAGACCUGUUCCUCGUGUGCUGGAGUCCCUCCCCACUCCAUCCUUCCACCUUCCAUCAAGACUGAACCCACAAACAGUCUGUCAGACACCAAACAGCUACAGAAACUCUGCUAGCAGUUUCAUCACUCCUGUUGUAAAGAGAGGCCCUGAAGUGUCUUCCUCUGCAGUGGCAGCACACAGAGCUGGACCCGUUCAGCAGCCAUUCACUCCACUAAAGCAUGCGCCAGGUUUCCAAACCCCUCAGGCUUCUCUCACUGCAUUGUCAAAUGAAACCAUUACCAUUAAGGGCAAGCAGUUCUUCAUACUCAAGAUGAUUGGACGUGGUGGAUCCAGCAAGGUCUACCAGGUCCUUGAUCACAAAAAGCAGCUGUUUGCUGUGAAAUACGUCGACCUCGAGGAGGCUGAUGCUCAGACAGUAGAAAGCUACAAAAAUGAGAUUCAACAUCUGAACCACUUGCAGCAAUACAGCGAUCAAAUUAUCAAACUCUAUGACUAUGAAAUAACCAACAGCUACAUCUACAUGCUGAUGGAGUGUGGAAACUUGGACCUGAACACUUGGUUGCGAAACCGCAAAACUGUGAAUCCGCUGGAGAGGAAGUUCUACUGGAAGAACAUGCUGGAGGCCGUCCAAACCAUCCACAAACACGGAAUUGUCCACAGUGACUUGAAGCCAGCUAAUUUUGUCAUUGUGAACGCUUCGCUGAAGCUGAUUGACUUUGGCAUCGCAAACAGAAUCCAACCAGAUGUAACGAGCAUUAUGAAGGAUUCACAGGUUGGAACAUUGAACUAUAUGCCCCCUGAAGCCAUCAAAGACACCUCCUCCCAGGCAGGGAAAGCACGCUCAAAGAUCAGUACCAAAGGUGACGUGUGGUCCCUCGGAUGUAUCCUGUACUGCAUGACUUACGGGAAGACCCCAUUCCAGAGCAUCACCAAUCAGAUUGCCAAACUGCAUGCCAUCAUUGACCCUUCCCAUAGUAUUGCAUUCCCUGACAUCUCGGAGAAGGAUUUGCUGGAUGUGUUGAAGAGGUGCUUGGUACGAAACCCCAGAGAGCGAAUCUCUAUUACAGAGCUGCUGGAGCAUUCGUACCUACAACUGAAGCAACAGGCAUCACCAGGACCAGCAGGUCCAAGUAACUGCGAUCUUCAGAAGAUCCUAACAGACCUCGCAGCCCUCCAGUCUCCAAGCAGUAUCAUCCGAGCUGCUAAUAAUCUGGCCAAAAUGUGCAGCAGUGGCAGGAAGUUGGAUGUUGCUGAGUGUGCAAAGUCUUCAACUUAACCGUCCUGGAAUAUGUGAUGUGGAUAUUUCUUUUUUAUUAUUUGUACCUCUCGUAACCACUUCAGUACAUUACUACAUACUUUCUGUAAGAUCUAGAACUAAAACAUUUAUAUUUGUAUCUUUGUGGCUAACAAAAUUAUAUUGUUUACUUUUGUCCUCUGUUAAUAAAUGUAAGCAUAAGUCAAAUAAAUGUACUGUAUCCUUA